CAGAGACGUUCAGAUGCGACACCCUGUUAGCUGUGUUUACGGACGGCUUUAGCUUUAGCUAAGUUUGUCUUCAAGUAUGUAAAAGGGACAAUUCAGAAAUGCCACUUCGUUCACUUUGAUCUACGGCAGAUAUCUGGAAAUAUAAGUAGCAGCCCCGGUUCCAACCAUCGAAAAAAACAGCCAUGACGUGCCGGGAUAUCCACGCCACCAACGCCUUUGCCUUCAUCAUUGCCUUCGUAUCAGUGGGUGGGAUCACUGUGGCAGCACUGAUCCCACAGUGGCGCAUCACCAGACUCAUCACCUUUAAUCGCAACACCAAGAAUGUCACCGUGUACGACGGGCUGUGGGCUAAAUGUGUAAAACAGGAUGGGUAUUCGGGAUGUUACCACUAUGACUCAGAGUGGUACUCCAAAGUCGACCAGCUGGAUCUGCGGCUCCUGCAGUUUUGCCUUCCAACUGGCCUCUUUCUCGGCUCCCUAGCCUUGCUUCUUUCCAUGUCUGGGAUGUUUAAAACCUGCUGCUGCUCAGACAAGCCUGAGCCGGACAUUAAGACCACCAGAUUUAUAGUAAACAGUGCAGGCUGCCAUCUGGUGGCUGGGAUGUUCUUGUUCCUCAGUGGAGUCGUCUCCAUCGCGCCUUCAGUGUGGUUCCUGUUCCAUACCAAGGAGAUGAACCGUAAAUAUGCCAACAUCUUCUCCAAUGGGUUCGCUGUCUAUGUAUCCAUAGGCUGCUCUGGAGGACUCAUGUUAGCUGCGCUACUUACAUUCAUGUGGUAUUGCAUGUGUAAGAAGCUGCCUUCACCUUUCUGGUUGCCGCUGACUCCAAUGUCUUCCUCUACUUCCACCCAACCUCUCACCGCCAACGGAUUCCCUCCUUCCCCGGGUUAUGGCCCGCAGCAAUUCCCACCACAGGUGCUUCCCCCUACAGUCAUCGAGACACAGCCUUUUGUGACUUCGCAGGGCUACAUCCAAAACGCAAUGGCCCCUGCACCUGGUCAGCUGUAUAUGUCUCAGGUUUCUGCUGCAGAUGGGUAUGGAUCUGAGGUGGGAGGAAGCCAGGCUUACACCUACGCCCCUUCCCAGAGCUACGCACCAUCGCAGAGCUACGCCCCUUCCCAGAGCUACGCGCCAUCGCAGAGCUACGCCCCUUCCCAGAGCUACGCACCGUCGCAGAGCUAUGCACCUUCCCAGAGCUACGCCUCAUCUCAGAGAUAUGCAUCCAGUUACACAGGCCACCGUUACUCCAGCCGUUCACGGAUGUCAGCCAUAGAGAUUGACAUUCCUGUUCUUACCGAGCCAGAGUGAGCAGGAAGGAUGAUAACUAGAAAACACUAAAGGCCUCUGCCUAUAGGGCACCAGAAAGUAGUGUGCUGAUAAAACUAAUAGACCCUGAUUGAUGAAAGCCAUCUUUAGCCGCUUACAGUUUAAAAGGUCUAUCCAAACAGUUUAGGUUUGUAGUGCUGAUUAUAUAAGACGAGAGCCACCCCAAACAACACUACUGAAUGAAAGACUGUGUGUGUGUGUGUGUGU